AUGGGAAAAUAUUCUGACCUAUGCCCCCGCGGCGCCCACCCACACCUCUAUGGCCAUUUCAUACAGAGAGAGUACAACCUGGGCCCGGUAUUCUACCUUAGCUCCUGGCCGUUCGGUGCAGAUAUGCUAGUGGUUCAGGAUCCAGAGCUCGCGCAGCAGGUCACGACACAGCUCUUCCUCCCUAAACAUAAGAGUUUAAAAGACAUUAUCUACGCAUUAUCAGGCGAGAACAAUAUGCUCACGUUAGAAGGCGCUGAGUGGAAGAGAUGGAGAUCCAUUUUCAAUCCGGGCUUUUCUGCGGCGAAUCUGAUGACGCUCGUUCCCGGCAUCGUAGAUAGCGCAGCUGUCUUCGCCGAUGUGCUUAAUAGACACGCUCAAAAGGGCGACGUGUUCCCCCUUGAGGAAGCCGCCACUAAAGUCACUGUGGAUAUCAUAGGCAAAGUCGUACUUGACCACUCGUUUAAUUCCCAGGAGACCAACAACGAGCUCGUCGAAGCGUUCUUGAGCCAAGUCCGCUGGACGCCCGCCCUCUUACCGGCCAACCCACUGGAUCCCCUCAAUCCAAUGCGGCCAUUUAUGCAAAGGUACAACAAAUGGCGUAUGGACCGCUACCUCAACAGGCUACUUGACGAACGCUUUGCCUCACGAGCAGGGGCCCAAUCUCGAAAGCCGAGAAAGAAAACCGUCAUAGACCUAGCCCUCCAGUCUUACCACGAUCCUUCCGAAGGCGAAGAGAGGACCAAAGAAGACCCCAGCGAAGAAAGCCCCCAACACAUGGACCCGACCUUCCGGUCCUACGCACUCGACCAGCUCAAACUCUUCGUCUUCGCGGGCCACGACACGACCAGCAGCACCAUUUGCUACGCCCUGCAUCUCCUCUCGACCCACCCCUCCUGCCUGUCCGCCAUCCGCGCAGAGCACGACUCUGUCUUCGGGCCCGACACCUCCCAGACCGCCGAACUCAUUAAAACUUCCCCGCACCUCCUGAACGCCCUGCCUUACACUCUCGCCGUCAUCCGCGAAGUUCUGCGUCUCUACCCGCCCGCCUCGAGCGUACGGCGCGGCCUCCCAGGCGUGUAUCUCCAUGACCCGAAGAGCGGCGAGAAGUACCCGACGGACGGGUUCCUGGUGUGGGUGCAUGCGCUGGGUAUGCACCGCAGCCCCGAUCUCUGGGGUCCGGACGCCCAGGCGUUUAAACCUGAGCGGUUCCUGCUCGAGAACGCGGCGAGUGUGCCUAAGGACGCGUGGAGGCCGUUUGAGAAGGGGCCGAGGAACUGUAUUGGGCAGGAGUUAGCGCUGCUGGAGGCGAGGAUUAUUCUUGUCAUGACUGUUAGGAGGUUCGAUGUUCGUGCGGCGUAUGAGACCCUUGGAGGAGGGAAGGAGGUGAAGCGAGAAACGCCAGAGGGAUUGCGGAAAUGGGUUGAGGAGGGGCUGGUGUAUGAUGUCUGGGCUGAUGAGGCGUACCAGCAGCUGAGGGCUACGGCGAAGCCGGCGGAGGGGAUGCCGGUGCGGGUAAUGAACAGGAUGAACGUCCUAGGAUCUGCGUAA